CACCAGGAUUCGUAUUAGAAAAAAGCUGUGGUGGGAUGUGUUCAGAAAUCUGGAAAGGCCAUGACCAUUUGCCUGGAUGCACACAGCAAGAAAGAAGAGUGGACAGAAUGGAACAGUGCUGCGAAUAUGAUGCCUUGGAAAAGGUUCAUCACCACCAAAAGAAUUUUUCUAUCAUGAAAAAUCUUGAGACCUUUGACUCACGUAAAGAAACUGUGAAACCAAUUUUAACUUUCCAUGCAGUCAACCAGAGAAGACACAAUAAAAUAAAGGAGUCUAUUAUGCUUAAUGGAGGUGAGAAGACUUUUCUCUCUGCUGACCACGAGAAAUUUUGUGCUGAAAUGAAAUUCCCUGAGUGUAAAACAUCUAAUAUGAUUAAAUCACAGUGUAGUAAGCAUCAGAAACAGAACAAUCACAGUGCUCAUCAGGGAAUCCAUAAUGGAGUGAAACGCCAUGUGUGCAGUUACUGUGGAAAAGGCCAUUCACGGAAGAGACAACUUGUUAUCCAUGAGGGAAUUCAUACAGGUGAGAAACCCUAUACGUGUACUCAGUGUGGCAAAGGCUUCAACAGUAAACCUUCUCUCACCGUUCAUCAGCGAAUUCAUACAGGUGAGAAACCCUAUACAUGUAGUCUGUGUGACAAAGCCUUUACCAGUAAACAGGGCCUCAGCAUUCAUCAGCGAACUCAUACUGGUGAGAAGCCCUAUCUAUGCAGUGAGUGUGGAAAAGCCUUCGCCUUGAAGAGUACUCUCAGAAUCCAUAAGCUGAUUCACAAUAAAGUAAAACCCCAUAUAUGUACUGAUUGUGGAAAAGGCUUCGUAGGGAAGACAAGGCUUAUUCUCCAUCAGCGAAUUCAUACUGGUGAGAAACCCUAUACAUGUGGUCAGUGUGGAAAACGAUUCACCAGGAAAGGUACUCUCAGUAAACAUCAUCGAAUCCAUAGUGGAGAGAAGCCCCAUGUAUGUACUGACUGUGGAAAAGGCUUCUUAGGGAAGAAAAUGCUUAUGGUCCAUCAACGAACUCAUACUGAUGAGAAACCCCAUAUAUGUGCUGACUGUGGGAAAGGCUUCUCAGGGAAGAGAAUGCUUAUCCUUCAUCAGAGAACUCAUACUGGUGAGAAACCCCACAGAUGUACUGAUUGUGGAAAAGGCUUCUCAGGGAGGAAAAGCCUUAAGAUUCAUCAACGAAUUCAUACUGGUGAGAAACCCCAUGUAUGUAGUGAUUGUGGAAAAGGCUUCACAGAAAACAGAAGGCUUAAGAUUCAUCGACGAAUUCAUACUGGUGAGAAACCACAUGUAUGUGGUGAAUGUGGCAAACGCUUUGCUCAGAAAGGAAAUCUCCAAAUUCAUCUACGAAUUCAUACUGGAAGCAAACCCUAUGUAUGUGGUGAGUGUGGUAAAGCUUACAGCCAAAAGUCAUGCCUUACAGCACAUGAGAGAUUUCACACAGGAAAGAAUCCCUUUCCAUGCAAUCAAUGUGGAAAGUCUUAUACCCAGAAGUCAGCACUCAAUCAACAUCUAAAAGUGCACAAAGAGAAACCCUUUCACUGCAGUGAGUGCUCCAAAGCUUUCAAAACCAAGGAAGAGCUCAUGUCUCAUCAAGUAUAUCAUAUAGGACAAUUACUAUAUAACUGCCAUGAGUGCGGGAUAACUUUUACCUGUAGUUCUACAUUUUCUUCACAUAAGGAAACUCACAAAAGUAAAAAUACUUUAAAUUCAGACACGGUGGGAAAGCUCUCCACAGGGAAUCAGGUGUCCUCGCACACCAGUGAUCUCAUGCAGAAGGAACGCCCUGGCAAUAGAGUGACUUUGCAAGUUCCUUGUGUGGCUUCUCCUGUGUCAGUGAACACCAGUGGGGUCCUCAUGAAUAACAAUGAGAUUGUUGUGGGAGGACCUUUGGCCAGAAUGGAAUCAAAUGGAUUUGUACAGCAGAGAAUUCCUCAGAAUACAGUGAAUGUGGCAGUACCUUUGAAUCCCAUCACUGUGGUUCUUCCCCAGGUGUCUAAUUACAAUGUAAUUAUUUAUAAGCCCAUAGGACAACCUGUGAUACAUUAUUAUAAGGACAAAUUGUGAUACAUUAAUGGGACAAGGGAAUAGAUAAAAAUAUCUACCUAAUUCUACGGCUAAAAAGUAUAUCCGGAAUUGAGAGGCUGGGAAAUUCUAAUAGAUAUGUACAUAUCAAAUUUUUUGCACUGUAACACAAAAACAUGUAAGUUGAUUGCCUUGUAUCAGUAAAAUGAAUGAAAAUCUGAGUUGAUGACACAAAUAGAGAAAUACUGUGAAUUUCAAAAUGAAUGGGUAAUUGCUAUCUGGAAUGUUGGUUCAUAUUAGUUCCUAUCAAGUCAAUUCUGACUCAUUGUAUCCCCACUUGGUAUAAAUGAGAAUUUACCCAAAAGAGAAGCCCUGCAGGGUAAUAAUAAUGGGUUGUUGGGUUUAUCCACACACUUUAGCUGAGUUUUCCCAGGUCAGUAUAAAGGAGCAACUCAAAUUCAGAAUUUCCACAGUGCGUUUUAGAACUUAAUUAUUGGAACAGGUUAAAAAAAAAAAAAGGAGGACCGAUGAUCCGGUAGUCAGUGUUUAGUACCAAUCGGGACUAAGGAAUAUUUAUCACUUAGUUUCUUUGGACUUGGCCUUGUUUCCUGGCUCUGAGCAUAAAGUCAUGAAUGAAUAAGAAACAUACCAUGCCUUAUUGGAGAGAGCUUGGCGUUUUACUGGAGUAUAGUUAAGUGGAAUCUUCAUAGCCCCAGCUAAUAUAAUCAAAGAAUAAUGCGGUAUUUAUAUUGGGUUUAAAAGAAAUGGGAACAUUGUGACAAUGGCUUUGGGUAUGAGAAAAUCAGUGUCAUUACUGUUGAGUUGAUUCCUAGUCCUGAGCCUCGAGCUGUAUGAUUAAACUAUGAGGUUUUUUUGGCUGAUUUAUUUGUAAGUGCCUCGGCAGGAAUUUCUUUUCAGCUAAAUCCAGGUGCACUCAAAACCUCCAGCCUUUUACAUAAGUAAAAAAAAAAAAAUUUAAUUGUUUUCAGCAUAAAUGCUUUGCCUAAGGACUUCUUUGAAAGAACUGAACAUUCUAGAGAACACAUUUAUAUUUAAGUGUCCAUGUCCUAUCCCACCAAGGGUUGAUUAUACAUUCCUUUGUGGUUUUAGUUACAAUUUGGUUAUGAGUUUCUGUAUGUGGAUCGCAAAUGUUUUGAGAAUGAUGAGGGCAAUCAUUGUACAAAUGUGCUUUUCACAAUCGAUGUAUGUAUGG